AACACCAGCCACACAACACUUUUCUCCAAACCAAGGCUCGUCUUCUAAUGUCACCGUCGCCGAGAGCCUGUCACCCACCUCCCAACCGCACCAAUCAUCUCAAGUUCAUUCUUCUUUGCUGAACCUGAAUACAGACGUCGCUAGAACGGCGCAUCAUUCAGUCAGGCUCUCACGGCCGAUGGGACAAUUCGGUCAAUGUGAAGAAUGCAAAAGUCCGAAAACAGGAUACAAUUGGUGUCAAUAUUGCGGCAUCGAACGGUGUCAGAACAAUUUUGUGAAUUGGACGAGCGGUUGUAAAGAGAUUGACGAUUUUAUUCGAGUAGCUCAACUCAAGGCAAUCAAUGUCAGAUCUAUCCUGGAAUGGAUAGACUAUGACGAAUUUACAAACGUAAAUCAUCUUGCAAAUGGCGGCAACAGUUCAGUAUUUACGGCGUAUUGGCCUCGAGGACCUAUACGAGCCUGGGAUUCAAAUAACAAUGAUUGGGAACGAGGCUGGGGCCAGGCCAAUUCAGACGUAAUCAUACUGAAACGGAUCAAGAACUCUAACAAAGUGACAACAGACUUCUUGAACGAGGCAU